AUGGCAAACCACACCGCACAUAUCUCCGCCAUAACAGCCUCCCAGCGCCUCGACUCCAGAGGAAAACCAACAAUCCAAGUCACAGUAACAACAGGAGCCGGACCAUCCACCGCCCUCGUCCCCUCAGGCGCCUCAGUCGGCGACUACGAAGCCCACGAGCUCCGCGACGGCAAUGCAUCCAAUUACAGUGGAAACAGCGUCCACCAGGCCGUUCAGAACGUGGAAAGAGUCAUUGCUCCGGAACUGAUCAAGCAGCGGUUCAAUGUCGGCGAGGACAUGGCCAAGAUCGAUCGCUUCAUGAUCCAGCUCGACGGGAGCAGGAAUAAGAGCCGGCUGGGCGCGAAUGCGAUUCUGGGUGUUAGUAUGGCUUGUGCCAGGGCUGGUGCUGCGUUGAAGGGCGUCCCGCUGUAUGAGUUCCUGCGAAAAGAAGCGGGAAUCACAAGGCCGUAUCUACUCCCCGUGCCGUUCUUCAAUGUUCUCAACGGCGGGAAACAUUCUGGGAAUACGAUGGCGUUCCAGGAGUUCAUGAUUGCGCCUAUUGGGGCGGAGUCGGUGACUCAUGCUGUUCAGCUGGGCAGUGAGGUGUACCAGGCCUUGAAGUCUGUGAUUACCGAGAAGCACGGGGCGUCUGCCAUUGGUGUUGGUGAUGAGGGCGGAUUCGCGCCGCCGAUUACUGAGCCCUCUGAGGCACUGGACCUUCUAACAGCAGCUGUUAAAAGGGCAGGGCACGAGGGGAAGAUCAAAUUCGCAAUUGACCCCGCCUCGUCGGAAUUCUACAGCGAGGGGAAAUAUGAUCUGGGCUUUAAGAGUAAGACGCCGUGCCGGCUGUCUGCGAGCGCUCUGGCCGAUUUAUACCGCUCGUUGACGGACAAGUAUCCCAUCAUCCUCCUGGAAGACCCAUUUGCGGAAGACGACUGGGCGGCCUGGAGUGCGUUUAAUCAAGAUUGUCCGAUUGAACUAGUCGGAGAUGAUCUGCUGGCAACGAAUAUCGAACGGAUUGAAACUGCCAAAGAGAAGGAUGCGUGUAAUUCGUUGCUGCUGAAGAUCAACCAGAUUGGGACCAUCACUGAGUCGAUGGAAGCUGCCAAAAAAGCAUUCAGCUAUGGCUGGCGGGUGUUUGUCUCGCAUCGUUCGGGUGAGACCACGGACGACUUUAUUGCGGACUUGACUGUUUCGUUGUCUACUGGGCAUUUGAAGUCUGGGAGUCCUUGUCGAGGGGAGCGGGUGGUCAAGUACAACCGGCUUAUGGAUAUUGAAGACCGGCUGAACGUUUUUGGUGAACCUCAUGAGUAUGCAGGGCGUGAAUUGAGUCUGUAG